AUGGGGGUUAAGGGUGUCCUCCCCUCUACAGCCUGCCACAGCCUGCCACACCCUGCCACACUCCUACCACACCCUGCUAUAACAUGCUACACCCUGCCAGAUUGUUGCUACACACUGCUGUACUCCAUCUCACCCUGCCACACUCUUACCACACCCUGCCACAUCCUGCUACACCCUGUCAAAUUGUUGUUACACACUGAUACACCCUUCCACACCCUGCCAAACCCUGCUACACCCUUCAACACCCUGCCACACCCUGUCACACCCUACCAAAACCUGCUACACCCUGCCACACCCUGCCACACCCUUCCAACACCCUCUCACACCCUGCCACACCCUUCCAACACCCUCUCACACCCUGCCACACCUUCCAACACCCUCUCACACCCUGCCACACCCUUCCAACACCCUGCCACACCAUGCCAUACCCUGCCACACCUUCCAACACCCUACUAUAUCCUGCCACACCCUGCCAAACCCUGUCACAUUGUUGAUUUCCCCUGA